AUGUCCUGCCGUUUGGUCACCACCCGUGGUCAGUCUCACUCUGACCCAGACCAGUUUGGCUCUGCUGUUGUAUCCCAUAGGCCCUGCUCCCUUCUGACCUUCAGUUGUUUACUGCCCACAGGUCUGAAGGCAACGACAGUCCUGAUCCAGUCGCCAGGAGAUGUGAAGGUGCGUGAAGGUGAAACGGUGCUGAUACAGUGUGUCCUGGAGAGCAGCGAUGUGCAAUACACUGUAGAGAAAUAUGAUGUACACUGGUACAACUCACGCAAUAAUCUAACAGAGGCUGGAAUAGUACUUAGUCUUUUCAAUAGUGGCGGUGUUUACAGGUUACCGGGUUUCUCCGGUCGAUUUCAGCUUUCUCGGAAUGUCACCAGUAACAGCUACUCACUGACCAUCAGUGACGUGAAGACCACGGACUCUGCCGAUUACAUCUGUGGAAUCUGGGGGACAUUCUUUGGAAAAGGAACCCGGCUGAAUGUGACCAGUGCAGAUGUUCCUGUCCUUAUGCAGUCACCGAGCCUGGAGCAUGUCACUGAGGGCCACACAGCGCAGUUAUGGUGCACCAUGACCAGAGCCAGAUUGCAAGACACCGAUGUCCACUGGUACCGGAAACUACUCGAGCAGGACUUGGAGUGGGUUUUAACACAUAAGGCAAGAGGCAGCCCACAGUGGGGACCAGGUUUCACUGAGAGGUUCCUGCCCUACAGGGACAACUCCAAUAGCAGGUUCAUACUGGCUGUUACAGACGUGGAGCCCAGUGAUUCUGCCAUCUAUUACUGCAGAGUGUGGGGAGACAUCAGUGGGAACGGAACCCAGCUCGUCGUAGGCGCUCAUCAAACAGAUGUGUACCAGGCUGUGAAGACGUACCUCACCUUCCUCAUUCUGGUUGUGUUGCUGGCAGUUCUCGCUGUCACUGGAGGCAUUUUGCACAUCAAACGCAGAGCUUUGGGAAGCCACCAGUCCCCCCCACCCGCAGCAGCUGAAGACCAAACACCAGCAGCAGAUUAUGAAAAUGUUUCCAAGGCAAGGGAGAUCCCGACUUCAGGAGAUCCAAACGCCACCUACAUGGCUUUGCAACAACCCAUUCAGUCCACCUACGGUUAUCUCCAAGGCCAUUAACAAGCAUCUGACAGCUGAACCGCAGAGGGACUCGGGCUGUGUGGUGUGGCCUCGGCUGGGUGAAGGAAAACUGGAUGGAAUUCUCCACAGACAGACUCAUCGGACAUGUAACAGUUUAAGGCCCAGAGAUUAGAUUCAUUUUAUGUGUGGGAGAAAAAGAAUUUUAUCGGAAACAACAUUUGGGACAUUUGCCUCAGGAGAAACCUCCUGUCUUGAUGGGGGAGGGAGCAAGAACAGGGGUGUGAGAGGGAUCAGUUGUUAGAACAUGGAAGAUGGAACAGUACAGCACUGGACAGGCCAUUCGGCCCACAAUGUUGUGCUGAUCUUGAUGCCAGUGUAUACUAAAUGUCCUCCUCCUGUGUAUCAUCCACAUCCCUCCAUUCCCUUCAUAUUCAUGGGUCUGUCUAAAAGCCUCUUAAACUCCACCAAACUGCCUGCUUUCACUACUGCCCCUGGUCACCCAUUCCAGGCACCCACCACCCUCUGCGUAAAAAAGCCUGCCCCUCACGAUGCCUUUAAACUUCCCCCUCUAACCUUAAACGCAUGUCCUCUGGUGUUUGAUGUUUCUCCCCUGGGGUACGACCCUGACUAUUUACCCUUUCUACAGUGUGCCUCUCAUAAUUUUAAGAACCUCUAACAGGUCUCCCCUCAGCCUCCGACACUCUGGGGAGAACAAUUCAAGUUUGUCCAACCUCUCCUUAUAACUCAUACCCGCUAAUCCAGGCAGCAUCCUGGUGAACCUCUUCUGCGUCCUCUCCAGCACCUCCACAUCCGUCCUAUAACAGGGCGACCAGAACUGCACACAAUGCUCCAAGUGCAGUCUGACUGAAGUUUUGUACUGUUCAGGGGUGAUGUCGUCACACAACAGCCAGUGGGUGUGUGGACCUCCUGACAGUGAUUUGUAAACCACAGUGUGGUUCCCCAUUCAUGUGGUUCAUCAACCACAAGGCUGCUGUGAGCUUGACAACCUGUGGUACUUGCACACCUCCUGACUGUGUACUUCAUAACCUCGCAGGGGGCCUGGCUGUAGUGGUCUUUCCAAGGUCUUUCCUGUGAUUGUAUCCCACCCCACCACCAGCCCACCCAUCCAUGGACCUCCACACCUUCUGCUGCCCUUUGAAGUUCCCCCUCCUCACCCUUCUCCACAACAAUCCCCCAUUCAUAAAAAGUGCAGGGCAAGUGACAUCACAGGGAAGCUGUCAGAUCAUCAGUCAGGAAAGAUGAUCAGAUGUAGAGAUUUUGCAAUGAUUAUUUAAAAUUCCUCAAUUUAUCUUUCUGCUUUAAAAUAUUGCAUUGACUGUUUAAACUGUUUAGCUGCUUUAGUGUAGAAAUUGAAAGCUUCUAACAAGUUUGCAGCUUAAACUGUGAGACCAAGUUCAGAAGAUAAGGACUGGGCUGUCAGAGCAGCAAAUUAAUAACAAGCAAUCUGAAAGGGAACACAGAAGCAAUGCAAGAUUCUGUAGGUCAGGGUUGGACGGCUGAGACCUAUUGCCUGAAAUUGCUGUGCCGGGUGGGAAUGUUGGGAGGCUUCAUGUGUCCCUCGGAAAGGGCAGGAAUUUGGAAGGUGCUUGUCAAUCUCAAGCUGGGAUUCAGCUGUAGAGGAAGCAACGACAUGGUGAAGGAUUGCGGCCCAGAAUGGGUUUCUGGCACAGGGACACUGGAAUGCUGUGGCCCCAGGGGAUCCCACGGUGAGGGAGUCAGUCAGACAGUCCCACAGCCUGCAGAGUUUGAGUGCCACAUGUCACUGUGGUGAGGCCGUGAUGCAGAGUGUUCUGUGAACUUUAAUGGUGUAAUGUUUUAAAUAGAAUGCUUAAACAUACAUAAAAGUAAUUCUGGUGUCUUAAUAUCAUCACUGAUAUGGAGAAUUGUUUUAAAGAUUAUUAAAGGCUCA